AUACGGAUGUAGAUGUUUUGCAACAGUUUAUGCGGGUAUAACAGACGUCUUUACUGUACAGUCACUCACUCCCGAAGCUUGUCACCUUGAUCUGUGAACUUAAUUCGUGGUGUUUUGGACUCUUUUACCCGGCUCGGAGAAAAUGGCGUCAGUCGACCUUGCUAAAGUUGGAAAAAACUUACUGAAGAGCGGUGAAAGCGAGGAGAAAGUAGAGCUCCAGUCUCUGUGGCAUGACCAGCCGGUGGUCCUCUUCUUCCUGCGCAGGUUUGGCUGUCAGGUAUGUCGGUGGACGGCAGCAGAGAUCAGCAAACUGGAGCCAGACCUGAGGGCCAACGGGGUAGCGCUAGUGGGAAUCGGACCAGAAGAAUUUGGGCUCCAGGAGUUCAAGCAAGGAGGCUUUUUAAAAGGACCCCUUUAUGUGGAUGAACAAAAGAAAUGUUACAAGGAUCUGGGCUUCAAACGAUACAACGCUGUAAGUGUGGUUCCUGCAGCAUUGGGGAAAAAAGUACGAGAUGUAGCAGCAAAGGCCAGCGCUGAAGGAAUCCAGGGAAACUUCUCAGGAGAUCUGCUCCAGAGUGGAGGCAUGCUCAUUGUGGCCAAAGGUGGAGAAAAGGUCCUACUACACUUUAUCCAAGAUUCACCGGGAGACUACCUGCCUUUGGAGGAGAUUACCAAGGCUCUGGGUAUCUCAGCCACAGUAAAAGCAGGACAGAGGCCAGUGUGCAACGAUGACGUUUGUACACGAUGAUGACGGAGCUGCUCUUCAUACCAGAACUGCACGUCUCACCUCUUUGGAAGAUUCAUGAAGUGGGAUACCAUUUAAAAUGAUUUACAUUGAAAUAUUAAAUCACUACUAAUAUUCCAGUGCCACAGUUUUUAAUCUGUUUUUUGUUUGUUUUUUAAUAAACUGUAAUGGUUUAUGGUACAAAUGGAGUGCUCUAAUCUUUGUUUUUACAACAGCUGGUAUUUUAAAUUUAACUUGGAGUAAAUUGUGUUUACAUCACUGUGAUUGUCUUUUUUUUAAUAUCCAGUUUAUAACAAACAUGCUUUACUUUGUAUGUGUCUAACAAUAUCUGCUCAUUAAAAAGCCUUUGACUUCA